GACCAACAUUCAGCGCAGAGCCACACCAUAGGAAUUUGAAAGAGUUCUUUUGGAAGACUGUCCAGCAAGAUGUCCAAGAUCACAGUCGCCGGAGUGCGCCAGAAUGUUGAGCAGCUGCUCAACUACUCUCAGAAUGAGAAGAAGAGAAACUUCCUCGAGACCGUCGAGCUUCAGAUCGGUCUGAAGAACUACGACCCCCAGCGUGACAAGCGUUUCUCCGGCACCAUCAAGCUGCCCACCAUCCCCCGCCCCAACAUGAGCAUCUGUGUUCUCGGUGACCAGCACGAUCUCGACCGUGCCAAGCACUUCGGUGUUGACGCCAUGUCCGCUGAUGACCUCAAGAAGCUGAACAAGAACAAGAAGCUCAUCAAGAAGCUUGCUCGCAAGUACGAUGCCUUCGUCGCUUCCGACUCCCUCAUCAAGCAGAUCCCCCGUCUCUUGGGUCCUGGUCUUUCCAAGGCCGGAAAGUUCCCUACCCCCGUCUCCCACGCUGAGGACUUGGCUGGCAAGAUCAACGAGAUCAAGGCCACCAUCAAGUUCCAGCUGAAGAAGGUUCUCUGCUUGGGUGUUGCCGUCGGCAACGUUGGCAUGACCGAGGAUGAGCUCGUCGCCAACACCAUGUUGGCCAUCAACUACCUCGUUUCCCUGCUCAAGAAGGGCUGGCAGAACGUCGGUAGCCUUGUCCUCAAGGCUACCAUGUCUCCUCCCAAGCGUCUCUACUAAGGGGCUCUUAACGCUUUGCUGCGCUGGAGGCUUGGAGGGAUUAUCAAGGUUUGGGAUUGUAUAGGCCUUAGUUGACUCUACGGGAAAUGUGACCCAUGACUUUAUUUCCCUCAAUUGCGC